CCGAGCUAUCUUGUUACUUUCAUUUCUGCAGCUGGUGGGAGCAGCAGAAAUGGGCAGCGAUUCCAUUCAGUUACAAAUGCAGUAAGUUAACAAAAGACACAAAUGAACAGGCCAGAGCGAAACUCCCUGGCUGUGACUCCUGUGCUGAGUGGAUGAAACAGCCUCAGCAAAGGGAGGUUUAACAGGAAACACGAACUCAUGGAUGCUAGGAAAACUGAGAGCUUUGAAGGCCCCUGAAGCUGCUUCGAGGAAGUGUCCCUGCAGGACUCAGCAGACCCAGCUACGAUGACGGGGAAGGUUCCCUCAUUCUCCCCUGGCUCCACAGUGAGCUCCACUCUGCCCGGCUACAUCGCUCUCUGCCUUGCUCUACAGGUUCACAGGCUGGCAUCAGCACAGUUCACAGUGAUCGGACCUGACCAUCCAGUCACCGUGUCCCUAGGUGGGGAGGCCAUCCUGCCCUGCCACCUCUCCCCCAGGAUGAGCGCUGAGAAUAUGGAGGUGAGAUGGUUCAGAUCCCAGGACUCUGCAGUGGUGCACCUGUACCGUGAUGGGCAGGAUCAGUAUGAAGAGCAGAUGCUGGAAUAUCAAGGCAGAACUGAGCUCUUGAAAGAUGACAUCACCAGUGGGACAGUUUCCCUGAAAAUACGUGAUAUCCGACUGUCAGACAAUGGGCAGUACAGUUGUUAUUUUCAGUCUAGUGCCUCUCACAAAAAUGCUUUUUUGGAACUACAGGUGGCAGGUUUGGGAUCUGCUCCUGCCAUCUCUGUGGAGGGAUGUCAGGAUGGAGGGAUCCAUGUUGCGUGUCGAUCAUCCGGAUGGUACCCAGAGCCUGAAGUGCUGUGGAGAGAUCUCCAGGGGAAGCUCUUACCAUCAGCCUCUGAAGAAAUAUCCCCAGAGGCCAAUGGCCUGUUUCAAACAGAGAUUGCCGUUGUUCUAACAGAAGAGACCAACCAGAAAGUGUCCUGCUGUGUCAGGAACCCCCGACUCAACCAGGAGAGAAGGUCAGAGAUUUCCAUAGCAGAGCUGUUUUUCCCACGAGUCAAUCCCUGGACGGUUGCUCUGGGUCUGAUCCUGCCUCUCCUAGUUGGUCUCACUGCCCUGGCCAGUUACUGCUUCUGGAGGCAACGCAGAGUGAAAGAGACUCUGCGAUUGGAUAAGGAGAGUAAGAAAGAGACCCUGCUGUCUGAAUGGGAGGGAGAGAAAGAGGCUCUGCGAUCUGAGAUGGAGAGGCAGAAAGAGGCUCUGCGAUCUGCGAUGGAGAGACAGAAAGCGGAAUACGAGGCAGCGAAAGAACUGGGACUCACCAGAGCCCAAGGAUACGCAGCGGACGUGACCCUGGAUCCAGACACGGCAAAUCCCUGGCUCGUCCUGUCUGAGGAUCGGAAACGUGUGAGCCGCGGAGACAAACGACGGACUUGGCGCAACAACCCCGAGAGAUUCGAUACUUGUCCCUGUGUCCUGGGCGCGGAGCGGUUCGCGGGCGGGAGGCGUUACUGGGAGGUGGGGGUGGGAGACGAGACGGGCUGGGACCUGGGGGUCUGUAGGGAAUCCGUGCGCAGGAAGGGGGGGGUCACACUCACACCGGAGGCUGGAUACUGGGCGGUGGGGCUGGUGGCUGGGAGAUACGAGGCCGGCACCGACCCCCCGACCCCCCUCCCCGUGAGCGUCCGGCCCGGCCGGGUGGGGAUUUUCCUGGACUACGAGGCGGGCGAGGUCUCGUUUUACAAUGUGACUGACGGGUCCCAUCUCUUCACCUUCACCGGCACCUUCUCCGGGACGCUCCGCCCUUGUUUCUGCCCCUGGUACGGCGCGGCUCCGCUGAUCAUCGCCCCGGCCGGGGGGAAUCUCGGACCCUGACACCGGCCCCGCGGCUCCUCCCGCCCCCCAGUGGCGGGGGCCGGUUCCUGCAGCUGCCGGAGUUUCUGCGCUGAGCGGACGCAGGAGGAGAAAACCGGGCCCCGGGAACCCCCGCCCCGGCUGGUGAGUGGGACCCACCCGCUGGAAGGAGCCGGACAGAUCCCCCCCGGGUUUGCCCCACCCCGGCACAGGGCGGUGCUGGUAAGAAAUGCGGCCAGGCCGCGAGUGGGUUUUGCUGCCCUCCCCGGCCCGGGGUAGCCGAUGGCGGGGGCGGGAUCAUUCACGCCUCACCAUUUUCUCCCCCGUGAAAUCUCAAUGCAAAAUAUGAAAAACAAAGUUUACUCGAAACGGGAAAAUGUUAUUGUAAAACCAAAGCAUUUCCACUGACAUUUCAACUGUGCUUCAGAAACAAGCAUCUGAACAUAUUUUCAGGAAUGGAAUUCUUGCCUUUUAUUUUUUGAUUCUUCCCUCAAAUCUAUAUUGAGGUUUAACUUCUCUCCAUGGCUUCACUUGUAUUUCAACUGUGUCAUUUCAGGAAAUCCAAACUAUGUAUCUUAUCAAAAUAAUUAUUAAAAACUGUCAGCCUGGGCUGUUCAGUUACAAUGUACGUGUGUCAUAAACAUCACAACUACACACAUGUGCAAUUGCCCUCGCUCUCUGGCUCUCUCUCUUUAUUGUCUUGACUGGUUCUCUCUGGAAGGCAGCGCACAUACACCCACCUCCCGCACUACACCUUUGAAAAUGAAUAGGUAAAAAACUAUAGAAUUAAUUAAGCAAUAUACUUAAGUUAACUCACACAAGAUUAUAAAAGAAUUUUUGUACUUCUGUCAGCAUGAAUUCAUGUGAUUUUUAACUUUCUAGCUACAUAUCAUCGGUAAUCAAGACAUAGCCCUUCCUUUCUUGUUCUCACAUCAAUUAAUAAAACAUGGUCCCGAACCUCAAACGCUAUCUUCCUAUAGAUAGAAAUCACUUCUACAAUAUCCUUUUUUUAGUUUAUUUUUCUUUAGAAAUAUUAUUUGCAGCCAAUGUACUGUCAGUGUCCACUCUUGAUUUCAAUGUACUGCCGGGCUCUUCAUGUUCUUGGUUCUAAGGACACAACAAAUGUAUUUUGGUAAAAAAAUAGAGAAGGGGUUAUAUUCCAUUACUGAAUCAUCACAAAUUAACUUAAUUGUAUUAAAGACACUGGCACUUAGUGGCCCAUAAUAUGAAAUUUGUUGAAGCUUUACUGGGAAACUUUUCUUCUCAGCCAUAAAUCACUUGAAAUGGUGAUAUUUUUGUUGUCGUGUGAGGUUUAGAGUACAAAGAAAAUAAAGUUGCUCCAGGAAAUUCAUCACAGUUCCUCUGGGUUCUCUAUUCACCACCUUCUUGAAUGCUGUGUACAAACAGUGACUGAUUGCUCUAAUUCCUUGAAAUUAGCAAUUGAACGUUAUUUUCUGAAGAGGUAGCUGAGCAGAGUAUGUGGGAAGGCAAUCGCGUGGCAUUGCUGGGACUACUUCUUGUUAUAAAUGUGAUUCUAUAUGAACAUUUUCAAUGUAAUAAUUCAGUUUUGAAAAUGUAUUCAUGCCCUAAACAUACCUUGAUUAUUUGAAAAUAAAUACCCUAAAAUUAUCUUGUGAUGGAUUCAUUUGUGUUUUUAUCCAGUCUGCUGGUGUCUAGGUGGCAUGGGCUGCUGAAGCUAUCUGUUUUUCCUAGUUUUUAACACGGGGAAAUAUUAAUCUAAAAAUAGAUAAUUUUUCCCUAAAAUUUCCUUCAGAAAUAUCUGCAUUCCUUUCCCUAUUUCCCAUUGAAUUAUGUGUAAUUACUGUGGUUUCUUAUCCAAUUUUAUUGUGUUAUUACAUGGGAAAAUAUGUCCGCAAAUAGUAAAAACUAUGUUGUAUAUUAACAUAUCUGACAAGACAUAAAAGUGUGCUGUCACUAACAAUUUACAG